AACAUCAACAACAGAGGGAGCUGCUGACAUUAUCCGAGAGGCGGCGGCAGGAGAAAGCGGUUCAGUGACCGGGAGGCUAGCUACCCGUCCACCGGUAAUAGCACCAAACUAACGCAUCUCAUAGGUAGGCUUGGUGGUGUGACGCUUUUAAACAUACUUUCAUUUUGAUCUAUUUUGUUUUCCUCCCCGGAAAAGUUGUCAUUAUUGACUAUGGAACGCUCUUGUAGUGUGAAAAGCAGGGAUAGCAUCACCCAACAAGACCACGCACCUGCUCCUCCCUGUAGCCGGGGACACACCCCUCCACCGUUGCAACGGAGAUCAAGGCGCACUAUGGUGGAUGUGACAAAAUGGCCGCUGUUUAGUCUGAUGGAAGGCGAGGAGCUCUCGUCCAUACGACAGGCCUGUGUGUUUGGAACCUCCGCCAACGAGGUCAUCUACAUCACCCACAAUGAUGAUGUGUAUGUGUUUGGGCUGAACUGCAGUAACUGCCUGGGAACAGGGGAUAGCCAAAGCACCAUCCUACCUAAGAAGCUGGACUUUCUGAGUGGGAGGAAAGUGGUCAGCCUCAGCUAUGGCAGCGGACCCCACAUCCUCCUGGCCACUGAGGAGGGCGAGCUGUUUGCCUGGGGCCACAAUGGCUACAGUCAGCUGGGGAAUGGGACCACCAACCAGGGGGUCGCUCCUGUGCUGGUGUCUGCCAGCCUUCUCAACAAGAGGGUGACGGAAGUGGCCUGUGGUUCACAUCACUCCCUGGCCCUGACCAACACUGGAGAGGUGUAUGCCUGGGGCUACAAUAACUGUGGCCAGGUGGGGUCAGGGUCCACGGCCAACCAGCCCACCCCCAGGAGAGUGUCCAACUGUCUGCAGAACAAGGUGGUCGUCAGCAUCACCUGUGGUCAAACCUCCUCUCUGGCUGUGGUCGAGAAUGGAGAGGUGUACGGCUGGGGCUAUAACGGAAACGGCCAACUGGGGCUAGGCAACAACGGGAAUCAGCUGACACCUUGUCGCCUGGUGGGCUUGCAGGGUCUCUGUGUGCUACAGAUAGUGUCUGGCUAUGCCCACUCCUUGGCCCUAACGGACGAGGGGCUGCUGUAUGCCUGGGGGACCAACACCUAUGGCCAGCUGGGCACAGGCAACAAGAGCAACCAACUCAGCCCAGUCCAGAUCAUGGCUGAGAAGGAGAGCAGGAUUGUAGAGAUUGCAGCAUGCCACUCCACACACACCUCAGCAGCUAAGACUCAGAGUGGCCAGGUGUACAUGUGGGGCCAGUGUAGGGGUCAGUCCAUCGUCUUGCCCUUCCUCACACACUUCUCCUGCACUGAUGACGUUUUUGCUUGCUUUGCCACGCCCUCUGUCAUGUGGAGGCUGCUCUCUAUGGAGCAUGAUGACUUCCUGACAGUGUCCCAGUCUUUAAAGAAGGAGUUUGACAGCCCAGAGACGGCCGACCUCAAGUUCAGCGUGGAUGGCAAAUACAUCCAUGUGCACAAGGCUGUGCUCAAGAUCAGGUGUGAGCACUUCAGGUCCAUGUUCCAGUCCCAUUGGAAUGAAGACAUGAAGGAGGUGAUAGAGAUCGACCAGUUCACCUACCCCGUCUACCGCUCCUUCCUAGAGUUCCUCUACACAGACAACAUAGACCUGCCCCCAGAGGAUGCUAUCGGUCUGCUGGACCUGGCCACAUCCUACUGUGAGAACCGCCUGAAGCGUCUCUGUCAGCACAUCAUCAAGAGAGGCAUCACCAUAGAGAAUGCCUUCUCUCUGCUCGCUGCUGCCGUGCGCUACGACGCAGAGGACCUGGAGGAGUUCUGCUUUAAGUUCUGUGUGAACCACCUGACGGAGGUGACCCAGACUGCAGCCUUCUGGCAGAUCGAAGGCAACCUUCUCAAAGAGUUCAUCAGCCGAGCUAGCCGCUGUGGAGCCUUCAAGAAUUGACCGCUGAACGGGCUCAUCUCUGUCUCCAUCGCAGGGGGCUACGCUAGGCUAAACACGCUCUGGUCUGCCAUCUGAUAUGAGCCACCAGGCUCCGUUAGCUGUAGCGUCUGCCAGUGGUUGUCUAUUUACUGCAGAUGAUGGGUGGCAAAGGAUGUUAAGUAGUUACCCUAACCCCUGUUACAGAACUGUUCAGAGGGGUUAUUAGAUAUUUAUAUCGUCUUCCAUCUCCCUCUGUGGGUUGGUAGUUACAUCUUGCAGCUUUGGAGGCCAGAGUUCUUUGCAAGUAUUUUGUUUCCCUUCUUGACGAGUGAGGAGCAUGUUUGCACUUUCUGAUAUAGUGCAGUGGGUUCUGGGAAAGCCUGUGUGAGAUUGAUUAUAUAACUUGUCACUACUGACAGAUAGCGAUCUUCAGUGUUCUAAUUGAACGGUGGAUCUCAGGUUAUUAGAUCCAGUCAUACGGAUGGAUUCAAUCAGAUCCGCUUUAGCCAACAUCUGCAUAGUGGUUGUUUUUGGGGUAUCGGAGGUGGAACUGCGCUAGCUGUCAAAUCCACAAGUGGUUCCCGGUCUUCUAUCUAAAGCGGACAUUGCCAUUGGCUGCACGGAGUCACAUUAACAUAAAUCCCAUGUAGGCUUGUUUACAAGUUUGAACACUGGAAUGUGAGAUGUAAUCUUCACCUCGAUUAAGACUAUAGAAAUCCUCAUUAUUUAGUUUCAUGAUUUUUCAAUUUGACUGCCCACCUUCUUGUUCUGAACUUCUAACAGGACUGGGAUGGGUGUGGCUUCAUGACAAUGAUCAAGAGCAGCUGCUCACCAAUCUAAUGGCUCCACCACAGUUCAACCUCCAACACAUCCACCAUGCUGGUGUCGGUUAUUGAUCUGAUUGAACCUAGGCCUUAAUCUGUUAGAGCAAUAAAAAUGUUCUACUUGUGUGAAAUCACAUCAUUCCUAAAAAGAGCAACAACAAAAACCUGUGCAUGGGGUCAAUGUAAACUCCAUGACAGAGUUCUUGGAGAACAUUGUGUUGGCUGGGUUUUUGAAUGCAAUAUUUUCAGCCUAUGUUACAGAUGAUUUCAGAUAUUUAAGGUAUUGUUACUUUUCAGUAAUGUUUGCACUAUAUCUCAGCUGUACAGAACUAUUAUACAGAAAUGAUAAUCACCUAUUUUUUUAUGUUCAUUAAAGACAACUUGUAGAUAUUUAGUUACACACACACACUGAGUGUGAGAAAGCUGGGUGAAGGCUGCAUUGUUGUGAGGAGCUGCUGAGAUUCCAGUUGAGUUUUUAUAUGAUUCCAACUGUCAGUAAUUCAUUUCUAUGCCAAUUCUAUAGAGUGGUGUGCCAGUUACCUUUCCUCAAUAUGACCUUAUUGGAUCCUGUUCUGAGGGCAGCACACAGUUGAUCUUUUGGAUAAAAGCACUGUGGGCAGAGCCUAAAGUGACAGACCAGUGGGUGGAGUAUAAGUGAGUCAAAGAAAAGGGUGGUGGUCUGGAGGUGGGUGUAAGACUGGUUGCAAAACAAGGGCUCAAUUCAAUCCCACCGCCAAAGUUCAGCGCUAUAGCGGUAACUUUCGACUGAGCCGACAUAUGCAGCGUUUACCGUGUAUGUAGUUUCCGCUACCACGGAAAUCUUGUGAUGCAUUUUUUACAUGGUUGACAUAUUGGAGAUAAGACAAGUACUGGAAACAGAACACUGAAAAAUAUGGCCUGGUAUUCACAGCUGACUUUGAAUAGGCUUUAUAAAUAAAUGCCUGAAAUAUUUCAGCUUCUCAAAGUUUUAAACUGUCAAGAGAAGUAAAACAAGGUUGUCCGCUAUCGGCAUAUCUAUUAAUAUCAAAGGGAUAGAAAUCCAGGGCUUGAAAACAAAGGUGUCAUUGUACACUGACUCGUGUUCUUUUAAAUCAACAAUAUGAAUCCCUGCGCGAUCUAGAUCAUUUUGCUAACCUCUGGAUUAAAACCAAAUGAUGAUACGUGUGCUAUAUUAUGUAUUGGAUCACAAAUACAUAUUUUACAUUACCGUGUAGUUUACCAAUAAAAUGGUCUGGACAUACUCAGUAUACAUUCCCCAAGAGAAAGAAAUUAACUCCAAUUUUAAUAGAAAGUUGGAAAAAUCACCCUGAUUAACUCUAGUCAUAUUACAGUUUACAUAUUUGCUUAUGGUUUUGCCUACACUUAUUAUAAAUGACACGAGCAAAAAUAUUCCACUUUAUUUGGAACGGCAAG